AUGCAGAAGACGUCCACAGGCUCUCAAAACAACACACGAUACUUAGCGAUCAUGGACGAAGAGAUGGCAUCUCUCGGCAUCUCAAGUGACCUCAACGAAAAGCGCACCGCCAACGAAAAUCACGCCACCAACGACGACGUUGUGGCUGCCUCGUCACCCGCAGAUGCACACAGCGACCACCCAACCGACACCACAGUAUGCUACAUUGCCAUCGCCACCCUCUUCCUCCUCAGCCUCCUCAGCUUAAUCUCCGUCUCCGAAGCCACGUGCACCUUCCUCACCCCUCAAUCCGUCAGUUCCACAUUCACCAUUCUCCUAAAGAACCUCUACUGCACCCCAUCAAACAGCAUCCACUUCGCCAGCAACACUCUACGAAAACGUUUCGAGCUGGCCGGCAAGAGUGAACACAAAGGGCUAUUUUGGAUACUAGUGGGUAUAGGGUUCGGUCUGGGGCUCGUUGUAGCAUUGGGGAUGAGCUGGUAUUUGAGGCGGCAGGCUAGGAGGAGGGCUGCGAGGGUGGUGUCUGAGAGGACGUGGUGGAGGGGGCCGGAUCGAGUUUGA